UCCUAGCCUGCGAUCCGCUCCGAAGUUUGAAUAAUGCAGCAACGUGGGGCUGUUUCUCUCUCUUUCCUGCAGCGACCGCGUUGAAUGCCGGCGGGGCGAGGAGGGGAGUUGGCGAGAGGCGCCUGGCCGCUCAGCUCUGCCUCCUCCUCCUCCAGUAGCUGCAGGGAGCUGACAGCCCAGCGCUGGCCCUCAGCCCUGCGGUGUGAUCAGGGGAGCGGCUCCGGGUUGAGCAGAUCGGGGGGUGGCUGCCCGAUGCCGGUGCGAUCUCCUGACGGGUGGGUGUAGUCACGGCUCUGCCGCUUCGCCUGGCCCCCGCGGAAUGGCCCGUCCCAGGCAGGGCUCUUAGCCCGCCCGGCGCACGAUGCGGAGCGCUGGCCGCGGCGCUGCAGGGACCCCGGCGGCUGGCCCCAUGCGCCCGGCCACGCGGCUGCGGGGCUGAAGCCCGGGGAAAGUUGCUCCCGGUGGAAGCAGCGUCGGGGGGAUGGUGCUGGCGCUGCCUUUCAGCCGGGGCUGGCUCUAAGCUCCCCCAGCCGGCGGCGGCUGCUGCUGCGCCCGGGCUGCUCCGCGUAAACCAGUCCCACUGCGGAGUGCGCAGGGAGGGGAACGGAGAAGCCGGAGACCCGCGGAGAUCCGGAGCAAGUGGGACGCGAUGCCGGAGACAAGGCAGCCUCGCCUCCGGAGCUGCUGCUUGCUUUGAAUGCUGAACACCGGGCGGAACCGUCCUUCCCCUGCCCUGCCGCGGGGGCUGCCGCCGCCGCCGCUGCUGCGAGAUGGGAAGGGAUUGCCCGGGACUCGGCAGCGGAGCCGCUUUCAUCGCUGACCUUUUAGUCCAGGUUGGGCUGUGACCCCCGGCAGCGUUACACCCCGAGCCUGCCAGACCACCCCUCUGGUGUCCCUAUGGAAGCAGCUGUUUCUAUCUGAGAUUAGGACCGUAUGCAGAAGUUGAGGAGGGGGAUGGCUUGUCCUAUUCAUGAAGCCUGCAUACUUCUGUUGCUAAUACUUGGGUUGGUCACCCCAGCUGCCAUCAAUCAUGAAGACUACCCUGCUGAUGAAGGCGACCAGACUUCAAGUAAUGACAAUCUGAUCUUUGAUGACUAUCGAGGGAAAGGCUGUGUGGAUGACAGUGGCUUUGUAUACAAACUGGGAGAACGUUUUUUCCCAGGGCAUUCCAACUGUCCUUGUGUCUGUACUGAGGAUGGACCUGUUUGUGAUCAACCAGAAUGCCCUAAAAUCCACCCAAAGUGUACUAAAGUGGAACACAAUGGAUGCUGCCCAGAGUGCAAAGAAGUGAAAAACUUUUGUGAAUAUCAUGGGAAAAAUUACAAAAUCUUGGAGGAAUUUAAGCCCUCUCCAUGUGAAUGGUGUCGCUGUGAGCCCAGCAAUGAAGUUCACUGUGUUGUAGCAGACUGCGCAGUUCCUGAAUGUGUCAACCCAGUCUAUGAACCAGAACAGUGUUGUCCUGUCUGCAAAAAUGGUCCAAACUGCUUUGCAGGAACCACCAUAAUUCCGGCUGGCAUGGAAGUGAAAGUGGAUGCGUGUAACAUCUGUCACUGUCACAACGGGGACUGGUGGAAGCCUGCUCAGUGUUCAAAACGCGAAUGCCACGGCAAGCAGACUCUGUAGAGGCAAAAUCCAGACCAAUGACAAGUCUAUUAAAAGACAAAUGUAAUGGCUUCUACACUGCACAUGUUAAACCUCCUGCCAGCUGCAAUAGCGUCACCAGCAAAACCUUUUAGGGUUAACAAAAGUGAAUAUUUUGCUAACAGGAAAGUUCUCUCACACACCAUAUACAGAAUAUAUAUCCCGUAGCUAGAUAUCUAAUCUGCUUUUGCUUGAUGGGGACUCAGUAGCUGAGGUUUUGGAAGGGGAAAUACCUGCACAAGUUCCUUCACUCAUACUUGUAGCUUAUCUAUCACUUCCUACAGUGUGAAUUGCAUUUUUGCUGUUGUGAUUUUUUUUUUUUUAGCAUCUUCCUAAACUUUCUCACAGCCAGGGUCUUCUGGGUCAUAAGGUUAUGGGUUAAACAAGAAUGAGUACUUUUUAAAUGUUUAAUGAUGCUAAAAUCAUUAAAGCUAAAAAAGAGAUGGGAGAUGGAGGGAUGGAUAGAUGGAAGAAAUCAAUCUGGGCUGUAAACUGCAGAAAGGUCGGACCAGAUGCACAGAUAAAGAGGGAUCGGCCACCCGCUAGGAAUGCUCUGUCUGUGUUAUGCUUUCUCCACCAAGUGGGGACAAUCAAGUUGAAGAAAUCUACACAAUAAUCACGACUGAUGCAUUAAAGCUGUCAAUCAAAUCACUAAAUGAUGCCGGACAACAGCAGUAGGUGGAUGCAACUUCCUUGAUACCGAUGAACAUGAUGGGGAAACACGAACCAAAAUAAUUUGGAAAAUGACACACACUAGGUUUGCAGCCGAGGUUGAAAAUGUGCCCCAUUUGUCACCCGCCUCAAUCAAGUUCUUUGCUUUGGACUGUUUGUAAUCACUUUGGAUACACGUACAUUCCUGGUGUACGUGUGCUGCCUUACACCAGUGAUUAGUUUGGCCCUUUGUGGCUUCUGCUAGCAUAAACUGUUGGGUCAACAUGCGCAGACCCACUGUGAAUAUGAUCAGCAUUGACAUUAGCCCUCUGAUUUGGUUUCAAUAUGCAGCUUCCCUGAGCUACGUCUGCAUUUACCUUAUCACUGUGCCACCACCACUCUGCGCCAAACCCUUGUCUCACUGAAGUCGAUGGCGAAAUUUCACUUGACCUCAGUGAGACCCAAGCUUUGGCCCAUUGUUGCUAGUGCAAGUGCAGAUCUGAAUGCAUCUCUGACCAGCCCCCAGUGAAAUUUCUGCAGCUGUUUUCUGGAGAUUUUUUUUUAUGAAUUAAAAUAUGGGAUGUGAUUAAAAAAUGUUAAAAUCACAAAACUGCUCUGGAGCACCAGCAGAAAUAGUGACAUGGACAACUGGUGUUCACAGAGCAAGCUAAACCUGUGCCCUUAUUAACAUAGAUGGUGUGAGCUGUGGCAGAGCGUGUUCUCCUGUCCUAUGGACAGUGGACAAGAUCUUGUUUCCUGAGAACACUCCUAAUGAGCCCCUCACUUUCUCACCAUCCCCCAAGGCCUGUGACCAUGAUGGCCAAGGAACCCAUCUGUAAACCCCAUUCCCAGGAGAUGAGCAUGCUCCUCGCACCUCUGACCCUCCUAGACCCUAGCAGCCCAAGAGCAAAUGAUCAAGUUUAAAUGUCUGAUCCCUACAUGAAGCCCUGGGACUUUUCCCACUGACUUCAGUGAUGGGCUACCAGUGAACUAGGCCUGCAAAGACAUAGUUCCCACGAUUUACAAUCGCACUUGUCAUACAAGGCCAGACUAUUAACUUCCUCUCCAUGCGGAGUCAUACCUUCCUCCUGUUGUAGCUCAAUUGAAGCCAAUGGGUCUACUCACGAAGUAAGGUGCUACUCAGCAUGAGACAGAGGAUCAGAACAUCUCCCCCAGACAUUACAAGUCUUCCCUCCUAAGAGCCAUUCCUAAAAUGAACGUGGUGAGGAGUUGGCCCCUUAACUCCUUGAGUAAACUGGUUUCCUUGCGGUACAAAUAGCUUUGCCAUCCUGCUGACCAGCAAGAGCCCCUUCUGCAGAGCACCGGUCUGCACCAAGGUUGGAACUUUGCUGUGGCAACCAUUCAUAGAUAAUAUGCACUCUUGAAUCAUUCACAAGCAUCCCUGCGUGAUUUAUUCAUGCCCACACAAAGUAGAGGCAGUCCAGGCUUUCUAUGCACGGAGAGACAUGGUUUCCUUUGCAGUAAGGUAGCCUAGUGCCAGCUUUGAAAUUCACAUUCAUGGGAAUAAAAAAUAAAUGAUGUGGCUGGGGUGGAAACACAAAGCAAACCUUUAGUAGAGCCAUGAUGUAUCCAUUGUUAAGAAGCUACAGUAUCCUUCUUGGGGGAACGAAAAGAGAACAUGCAACUGGGACACCAAGAUGUAAUAAUUCUGCAUCAAAGGAUAAGCACACCAAGAGCUAUGGCAAGGACUUACUAGGGCAAAGGGUGUAUACACUGAGAAGCCAUCUUCAGAAAGCAGCUACCAACACUGCUGGAGGAGGGCAGCUCCGUGGUCUUUGUUAGCAGCCAGAGAGAGUCUUUUCCUGGCGUCUCACUGCAAGCUAUUUACUUUCAGGCUUCGUAGCCCUGACACCUGUUUGUUUAUUUUCCUGAAGAUGUAACCCGAUACUGUGACAGACCUCCUCAAAGCAGUGAUACCACUUUACAGUUCUAUUAUAACCAGGUCACAGCUUUUGAACCAUUGGUUGCUUUUUUAUUUAUGAUAUUUUGUUAAGACUUUGGACCCCCAAAGCUGCUUUUAUUAGAGUCCAUGGCAAACUCUUGGGGAUGGCUUCUCGGCGGCUUUAAAUUAGCACAGUUCCUCUGAAAUCACUGGAGCCAUGUUGAUGUAAACCAGCUGUGGCUCUGGCUCGCUUCGGCGUCAAUGGUAGGAGAACCGGAUCCUUUGUUUGCAACCAGUCUUUUGCCUCUGUAUUCUUAUUUCCUCCCCAUUUGAGUUUUAUUGGGGUCAGCUUCGCAGUUGCCGGAAUUCAGCAUGGCGCUGUUGAAGUCAGCUACGAUUUAUACCCGCUGAGAAUGUGGCCCAUGUACACUGCUACUGUUAAAUAAGGGACCAUCAUAUUUACUUGUAACCGGCUAGCUGUCAAUGACUAGCCAAUUUCAGAAAGCUCUGAACAACAGUGUGCCUGAAAAACAAAUGGGACAAACCCCCCACACUUGACUGUAAAAAUAUGGGGUUCUAGCAACAAUAUUUGAUGUGUAAAAAAUAUAUUAUUAAAAAUUAUUUUGUUAAAUAUAAAGUGUG